AAUCAGUCGAUAUCAGAGGGGAGAGUACCGAGCACGAGUAAGGCCGAAUGUUGCGAGUCCACCACAGCAUGGAGUCCGCCGCCCCGGCAUCAUGUGAGCAGACUGAAAAGGCAAAGAAAUACGACCGGCAGUUAAGACUAUGGGGUGACCAUGGCCAGUCACUGCUGGAGAUAGGACAUGUAUGCCUUAUUAAUGCCAGUGCAACAGGAACUGAAACCCUGAAGUCACUAGUGUUGCCAGGCUUGGGAGCAGUGACUAUAAUUGAUGAUGCCAAAGUUGCUCAUCAGGAUACUGGUAACAAUUUCUUUGUGGAUUUAGCAAGCAUAGGGCGACCGCGAGGUGAGGUGGCUCUUCGCCUCCUACUGGAGCUCAACCCAGAGGUACGAGGGACAUUCGUGGACCAGCCUCUUCAGGAAAUUUUAGACAAUCAGCCAGAAUUUUUCACGCCAUUUACGUGUGUUAUUGCAACAUGUUUGCCUGAAAGCACACUUCUUAUGCUCUCCAAAGUAUUAUGGGAUGCCAAAAUCCCAUUGGUCGUGGUGCGGAGUUACGGUAUGAUUGGCUAUAUUAGAAUACAGAUUGAGGAGCAUACAGUCAUAGAGAGUCAUCCGGACAAUGAAAUUCCUGACCUGAGACUGGACCGGCCUUUCUCUGCCCUGGAAAAGUACAUGGACAGUCUUGAUCUGGAUGCAAUGGAUGACAAGGAACACUCACAUGUGCCCUAUGUUGUUAUUCUUUACAAGUUUCUGCAAAAGUGGAAUCAGGAACAUGGAGCUCCACCAAAGAAUUACAAGGAAAAGAAAUUAUUUAUUCAGCUCGUUAAAACUGGGAUGAGAGAAAAAGAAAGUGGCGAAAAUGAGGAAAAUUUUGAUGAAGCAGUUAAAGCAGUAAAUACAUCCCUAUUACCCACCUCCAUACCAAGUGGAGUGCAAACUCUCCUUAAUGAAGCAGCAAAUAUCACACCAAGCCCCACCACCAAGCCUUUCUGGAUCAUGGCCAGAGCCCUGCAUGAGUUUGUAUCCUCUGAAGGUCGAGGAGUGUUACCAGUCAGGGGCACAAUUCCAGAUAUGACAGCAGAUUCAGAAAAAUACAUUAAAAUUCAAAGUUUGUACCGUGAUCAAGCAGCACAGGAUGCUGACUGGGUGUUGCGGAGAGUGCAGGAACACAGUCAGCAGCUGGGUCCCCGGAAAGUCAUGCCAUCAUUAGAAAAUGAUGUGAAGAACUUCUGCAAGAAUGCACAUGCACUUCGAGUCAUAAAAGGCAAACCAAUUGUGGAAGAAUAUAAGGGCAGCAUCAAUCUCAGUGAAAUAGGUGCACAUCUGGAGAACCCAGAGAGUGAUCUGGUGUGGUAUGUGAUGCUGCGGGCAGUGGAUCAGUUUCACUCAGAGUUUCGGGCAUACCCAGGUUAUUUCCAAGAUCAAGUGGAGACUGAUAUUGUGAGGCUAAAGGUGUGUGUCAAUAGAUUACUUGCUGACUGGGGAUGUGGUCCUAUUGUGAAGGACGACUUCAUCCAUGAGAUGUGUCGAUAUGGGGCAUCAGAAGUGCACUCUGUUGCCGCUUAUAUUGGUGGGUGUGCUGCUCAGGAGGUCAUCAAAAUAAUAACUGCCCAGUAUGUUCCCAUUAAUAAUACUCAUAUUUAUAAUGCUAUAGCAGCAACUUCAGGAACUUUCAUGUUAUGAUCAUUGCAUCCAUGUUUUAGACAUUACUGUUUAGUUUGAAAAAUGCAUUCUGAUAAUAUAUAUAUAGCACUUUUUUUACAUUAUUCAGCUUUUUUUUUUUCUCUCUCUCUCUCUCUCCAGAUGUUAGAAUUAGUAGCUUUUAAAAAUCAUAAAGAUCUGAGGGAACAAAUAUACAAAAUAAGAGUAUAGUGGAACCUUGGUUCUCUAACUGAAUUUGUUCUUGAAUGCUGUUUGAUAUUUGAAAUGUUCAUAAACCAAAACUAUUUUCCCCAUAGGACUCAAUGUGUAAUGGAGUAAUCCAUUCCCAGACAACAGAUGAAGGCUUUUUAGACUUUUAAAACAGAACUUUGUACAUAAAAUUAUACAGGGAAGUCUCAUUAUUUGAACAACAGAAAAAUCAGUUUAGGGGAAUAAAGUGAGGAAGACCAGGUGAGAGACUUCUAGCUCAGUCAUCCCAACAGACACAGUUCCUGCUGUUUUCUCUCAAGCCUCAGAGAGAGCAAGGUCUGCUCAGCUGGAGAAUGGCAACAGAGUGUCACCUCUCCUAAACACUUGACAUCAGUUACACAGUAUAGAUAAGUGUUAUACUUAUUUUAUAUAUUCAUUUACAACUAAGUAAAGAAUAAAGCUGCCAUAUAGCUUGUUCGAGAAUCAGAUUAUGGUAUGGCAACCAAAGCAAUUAUGGGUUCAAAAUUUUGUUUGAUAACCAAUUUGUUCGAAAAGGGAGCCUUUUGGCAACCAAGGUUCCACUGUAUAUUAAACCAGUCCAAAAUUAAUAAGUUUAUCUUACAUUUCAUUCUGGCAUAUUUGUUCGUAACAUUAGUGAGUAAUCUAAUGUAUUUCCAAAGGAUUGCAGAGGCUGACCGUAACAACAUAUAAUGCAAGUGUUGCAGCAUCCAUUGUUGGUGCUAAAAUUCAGUGUGUAGAAAGAAAUGGUAUGCAGUAUGUCAUUGCCUUCAGUGGCCUGAACACAUUGUUCAUAAGUUAUUCCAUUAAUGUAUUUUUUUGUGGUCUUUUGCCAAUAUAAAAGAUAAUUAAA